CUGGCAAAGCUCAAAGAAGUUAUAGUCGUUUCAACUUCCGAAACACCAGGUGGCGGUAAUGCGCCUCACGUGCAGGUUGUAAUUGUCAAACACAAGAGGAAGUACUUUGGUCACGCCCUCGAUGAACACAGUAGGAUUUCCAAGAUGGGAACCCAAGUGAAAGAUGUCAUCAUCAAGCCUGACGCUCCCAGUUUACUGAUACUGGACAAACACGCAGACUACAUCGCUGCCUACGGCUCCAAAAAAGAUGACUACGAGUACACACUGUCUGAGUUCCUGAGGAUGAGUGGUAUCUACUGGGGGCUGACGGUGAUGGACCUAAUGGACCAGCUGCCUCGCAUGAACCGCGAUGAGAUCAUCGACUUCAUCAAAGCUUGUCAGCAUGAAUGCGGCGGCAUGAGCGCCAGCAUUGGACAUGACCCCCACCUGCUCUACACACUCAGUGCUGUCCAGAUCUUGUGCUUAUAUGACAGUGUGGACGCGAUAGAUGUUGACAAAGUGGUGGAAUAUGUCAAAGGGCUGCAGCAGGAAGAUGGCUCUUUUGCGGGAGACAAGUGGGGUGAAAUAGACACAAGGUUUUCCUUCUGUGCUGUUGCUACACUCUCUUUACUGGGCAAGAUGGACAAGAUGAAUGUUGACAAAGCUGUGGAGUUUGUAUUAUCCUGUAUGAACUUUGAUGGGGGUUUUGGUUGCAGGCCUGGUUCAGAGUCUCACGCUGGUCAGAUUUACUGCUGCACUGGCUUCCUGUCGCUCACUGGGCAGCUUCACCAGGUGAACGCGGACCUGCUGGGCUGGUGGCUCUGCGAGAGGCAACUGUCUUCUGGAGGCCUUAAUGGACGACCGGAGAAGCUUCCAGAUGUAUGCUACUCAUGGUGGGUGUUGGCAUCACUAAAAAUCAUUGGCAGGAUUGACUGGAUCGACAAGGCCAAGCUGCGAAGGUUUAUUCUGGCCUGCCAGGAUGAGGAGACGGGAGGUUUUGCAGAUAGACCAGGAGACAUGGUGGAUCCUUUCCACACUCUGUUUGGAAUCGCGGGUCUCUCCCUCCUCGGAGAUGAACAGAUCAAGCCGGUGAAUCCGGUGCUGUGCAUGCCUGAGGACGUUCUGCAGAGGGCAGGAGUGCAGCCGGACAUCCUGAGCUAACACACUUCACCACACCGUCCCAAACAUCACGACACACUCAUACACACCAUCCUGCUGAACUCACCAACUACCUCCACUGGACAUUAAGAGCAUGGGGAGGACGUGUCGCUCAGUGCAGUGUUAAUGUUAGCGGGAGGCGACGGACACAUUUUCAAAUGCAGGCGUUGGACUCUAGUCUUAAAGGAAAAUCAUGGUUAGACGCUGUUCACAUGUAGUGUCUGAAACACAUGGAAUAACUUUUGAAGUGUGAUUAUUUAAGAUGCUUGCUGGUCAUGCUCCUGUCGUUACUAAGUAACCUAAACAUAUGAACCGAGAAGACAAUGAAGCAGCAGCGGUUUCCUCAGAGGGGUUUCGGUUACACUGGGCUAAUGCGAAAUUCAGAUAUCUGUUAAACUUUAGUGCAACGAUGACCUGGGGGCCAUUAAGUGGGUAGCUCGGUCAACAGAGCCUAAUGAAGCCUAAAAUUAUAUCAUAUGCCAUCAUGAUAUCGAAAUAAUGAUCUUUAAGAUGAUAUUUCAUAGAAUUUCAAAAUAAAAGUGUGUGUUUUGAUAUGGAAUGAUAAAGAGUUCACAGGAUAAACAUAUUUAUGACGCAAAAUUAAUCUAUUAUUUUUCAAAAAGUACAGAAAUGACUCGUUAACUUGGUAUUAAGUGGUCGGCCACAUGAAAUUGAGUGGCUGCAAGUUUGAGGCCUCCUGCCUUAGAUCCACUUUGAAUCCAUGACAAAGACUUAACUUUUUAAACAAAGGUUUUGAGAGAAGCAAACUUAACUGUCCUCAUUAGCUAUGACAUGAAAGGAUCUGAAAAGCAGUAGGUGUUAUCUUUAGUUCUCCGUAUAUGAGAAACAAGAGGAACAAAUCUGCGUACUCAACUGUUAGCGUAGCUGUUAGUUCCACAUGAGUGAAGCGACAGAGCACAGAUGAGCAACGUAACCAGAGACCAACCUCCUGUGACUACUAACAAGUUUAAUAAUAAAUAAUAUUGUCACUUUUGUGUGUGCAGGCAGGAGGCAAAGAAUAUACAAAUAUCAUGUCAUGUAAUAUUCAUUCAAAGUUGUUUUUUUUUAAAAGAGUGUAAACAGGAAGUGAGUUCUCUCCUCUGCAGUUGUUUGCUUAGUUGCAGAAAGAACUACUAACGAGAAAAAACAAUGAUCGAUCCUUAGAUGAAGGAUUUCUGUUGUGAGAGUUGAGACAGAAGCUUUUCAUUUACAGGAAGUGAAUGCGAGUAACAGCUGUUUCUGCCCGUCCAGGCUGAAAACACAGGCCCGAAGUUUUCAUACUAAAACAUAGCCAGUAACUUUCCUGUUUUCAGAAAUGUCAGGGGGAUGUGGAUUCCAGGCAUUUCUGUAGCAGAAUUUGUGCAUUUUUAAAUGAAAACAGAAUAAAUGGCUGUAGCCUCAGUCUCCUAAAACAAGGACCUGUGGAGCUGAGUGUCAUGUUCAUGACUUUAUAGUCCAAAAGUUGAGUUAUUUUCAUCUUGCUGCACUGUGUAUGCACCCAGAAAGGAACUGCAACACAUUUGUGAUCAUGCUCGUCAUGUGUUUAUGCAUGAAAUAAGAUGCUACAUGUGAACAGCCUGUAGUUGAAGCCUCAACAUCCUGUUGUUUCCAUCAAGUCAGGUAUGUUGGUUUUUGCUGUUGGAAAAAAGGGGUUUUCAAAACCCCAGAAAUCAUUGAAGAACAACUCGUUUACUUGUCUUCUCCAAGUCAAUUUAAAGAAAAACAACUGGAAGUGACGUUUUUCAGCCUCUGAUCUCCUUAUUUCUUGCACUCGUGUUCUAUUUGUUAUCUACUUAGUGAAUUAGUUUGUUUUAUAUUUAAAUUCAUAAUAUGUCUGCAGUCAAACCAACACUGAGCUCACAAGUGGAGAUACCACACGGUUAAUUUUUGAAAUGAAGCCAGUUCAGCUCCUGCUCUGCAUUAAAAUAACCACUCAGACCGUGUUAUCAUUGUGCCAAGCCUUAAAGAGAGCAGACAGCCAUGGUUGGAACAUCUGGCAGUGUCUUCCCUCGCCCAGCAUAUUUAUUUUUGUCUUCUCUCAAGGCUCAGCUUCACUGCUUAUUUAAAUCCAUGUUACUCACUUCAGCUUUCUAUUGCACCUGCUGGCACAUUUGCCUCCGCCGUGUUUAAAAUUGUAAGAAAUAUCUUAAGUAGACGUGAGGGCUGCACAGUGAUGUAGUGGUUAGCAGUGCAGCAAGAAGGUUCAGAGUUUGCCUCCCGGUUUGACCGGAGUUUGCAUGUUCUUCCUCAGAGUGUUGAAGUUGAGUCCAUUAAGACAUUAUGACUAAAUCGGAGUUCAGUUGACCCAUUUUUGGGGCCCGGUCGGAACAAGGGCCUCUCUGCCUCCAGUUUCCUUCCACAGUAUAAAAACAUGCAGAUUUAGGGAUUAGGCAGAUAGGACAGGGUCUAGCGGACUAUUAGGUGUGAAACAACCUUUGUCUCUAUGUGGCCCUGUGAUGGACUGGCCCUGUGACCCUCGUUUGGAGAAUAAAGCGGUUGAAGAAGACAGGGUGCUGUCCAUGUCCGAGUCCUCACUGCUUCAUUCAGAAUAGAGUAGAGGCCAACCGAUUAAUCCAAAAACGAAGAUUAUUAUUUUCAAUAAACAAAAAGUAACUUUUUCAUCCAAAUAUUAGUAUUCCAGUGUUGGUCCUGUGAUAAACUGGUUUAAGGUGGAAAUGCCAGCUGUGUUUGGCUUCAUCUACCCCUGUGUGAACCUCAAAGAGAGAAGAAUUAGGGGAUUGGGUAGUGAGGAUGAGGAUGAAGGAGAACUUUGAACUGUGAUAAAAUAGGCUGAAGAGAUGAGAAAGCAGUUGGUUGGAGAACUUGUGAUGAAGAUCUUCAAACUGUGAUGAACUUCAAGCCUGCCAGAAGUUAUUAUCGUCAUCAUUAUUACAAUAAUAAGAUGAAGAGGAGUGAGGAAUGGAAGUUCACCAGUUGUUGAACAGCUGAACAACUGGUAUCUUAUUGCUGCCGGGCUGAUGUCAUCUUGCUGAACACAUGUUUAUUUUUCCUGUUGUUAUAGACCGUAAAUAAAUGGCACGUUAACGCGU